AAGCAUGAAUCUUCCUUCGUUUCCAUCUGGUCGUCUUGUAUGUAUUUGUACUACGUAGAAGUUGGGAGUUGACUCUUGUCUACCGAUCUCCCCUUCCUCUCUUCGAACGGCACUAGCUUACACAGAGAGAUGGGUGUUAUUAAAUCAGCGAUUGCUGAUGGGUUAUUGACGUUUUUGUGGGUUUUCUGCUCCUCUAAUAUUGGGGUUUCUACUUAUUUCAUAGCUUCUUAUUUUGGUGUUGUCAAUGAAAUUGCAUCCCUCUUCAUAACUACCCUUAUUGUUUUUCUUAUUUUCUUGGUGUUUGGUUUUCUUGGUGAUGUAUUGGGUGGUGCUGGUUUCAAUCCAACUGGAAAUGCUGCAUUUUAUGCUGCUGGUCUUGGUGAAGAUUCUUUUGUCUCUGCCGCUGUUCGUUGUCCUGCUCAGGUAGCAGGUGCAGUUGCUGGUUCACUAGCACUCAUGGAGCUUAUGCCUAAACACUAUCACCACAUGCUUGACGGGCCUGCUUUGAAGGUGGAUGUACAAACCGGAGCUAUUGCAGAGGGUGUCUUGACCUUCGUAAUCACAUUUAUGAUCUUUGUCAUUGUACUAAGGGGUCCGGAAAGUACACUUCUCAAGAAUUUGUUGCUCACUAUGGUAACUCUACCAUUGGUACUUGCAGGUUCAAACUACACUGGACCUUCUAUGAAUCCAGCCAAUGCAUUUGGCUGGGCUUACCUAAGCAAUACACACAACACAUGGGAACACUUUUAUGUUUAUUGGAUCAGCCCCUUCAUAGGAGCAAUUUUGGCUGCAUGGAUUUUUCGUGCUCUAUUUCCGCCUCCAGUAGAGCAGAAGCAAAAACGGAACUGAAUAAAAUUAUUCUGCUUCGAUUCAUUCUCCAGCUCCUAUACUGUUGUUGUAGCUUGUCCACCAUAAAAUGAUCUUACCACAUUCAGUGUUCAUGUACUAUAUCAUUUUAUGAAAUUAUAAAAGAUAGUAUUUUCCUACCAUUU